AUGGCUCCACCCACUCCAAAGUUCUCAAAAGGCGAGGUCUGUGUGUGCGUCUCCAAAGGCACCCCCUACAAAUCCAAAGUGAUCAAUAUCACCCAGAAGAAAGGUGUCGAGUGCUAUAUUGUCCAUUUUGAUGGCUGGAAUUCGAGAUACGACGUGGCAGUCAAAGUUGGGAGCGAAGAUGGAGAGCUAUUCAAGGGUACUGUAGAGGAGUACCAGGCAAAAAUGGGCGGAUCCACGCCGAAAGCAGCUACUCCAAAGGCCAAAGCCACUCCAAAGGCUGCCCCAAGGGCUAAGACACCAACUGUGACCGCAAAACCCGCGGCCGCGGUCGCGGCCAAGACUCCAAAGACGCCAGUUGCGCCAACAAAGACGCCAGCAGCUGCCUCAACCUCGGCCAAAAAGACUCCAGUGGCAAAAGUUUCAAAAUCAACGCCGAUCUCCAAGAAGAAGGCUGCUCCUUCCGCCAAAAAAGUUGCCCCCAAGAAGGCUGAACAAUCUCAAGAAUCUGAGGAAUCGGAAGCUGAAGAUGAGGAGCCAAUGGAGGUGGAUGAGUCAGAAGAGGAGCCCAAAGAAGAGCCCAAGCCCAAAUUCCAGGCUCCAGAGCCCCCGAAGAAGGUCCACACGUCCCAGAAGGCGGCUCAAGAGGCCACUAAGCCUGUCCUGCUGCCACGUCAUCAGUCACUUCCCACCCAAGCGGUCACAUCGGAAGAAAUCGAGAUUCCGAUCCCUCAACGUCUUAGCAAAUGCCUUGGUGAGGACUACACGAUCAUUGGAUAUGGAUAUGAGGCACGUUUGCCGGUCGACACAACGAUUGAUAAGAUUUUGGAGGAUUACAUCAGCCAAGUGUGCUCACCGGGAUACGAUGAGAAGAGCGAAAAGUGGAAUGAAAUUGUUGUGUCGUCCAAGGAGAAUUACAGUGAGGCGAAGCUUCCAGAAGCGGUUUUUGUCCUUGCCGCUCGCUCGAUUCAGGACUAUUUCAAUGCUCACAUCUGCUCCUUGUUCUACGCUAGCGAACGCGUCCAAUACCGAAAAUUGCUCAUCGCGGAGUGCAAACGUCUCGGAAUCACCGACACUGACGAUUUGCACCGUUUGCACGAGUUGGGCUUCCGCCCGUCCGCCCACUAUGGCUUUGUCCAUCUCCUUCGUGUCUUCCCGGUGCUUCCACAGUACAUGGCGCAACAAGAGUGGAAUGAUCACAUGAUCAAUCUUCUUCUCGCUGGAUUCAAGAAGUUCAUCAAAUACCUGGAGGCCAACGUCGACCAGUACUACAAGCGUCGAGAGGACUACGUGAUCCCGAACCACUCGGAAAAGGAGGCCGAGGAGUGCAUGGACUGGUUGGCCCGAAGCGUUGACCAAGUUGAAGUAAAAGUUGAAGUCAAAAGCGAAUGA